AUGUCGUCGACUCUGACGCCGCCGGCCACCACCGACACUACUGCCGACGUCGCUGCUACACCGGCGUGGCCGCCCGGAGCCCACGACCUACCGCCUGUCCUCCGUGAGCGCGGCGGGCGGUGGGCGCUGCGUGCGGUGGCGGUGGACGUCAGCGGGCGUGCCCUCGUCGAGCAGCGGACCGACGGCGGGCUGCGGAGCCAUGGCCUGUGGGUCUACGCCUAUGCUGCGGUUCGCCUCCCAGAUCCUGCGGCAGUGGCCGAGUCGAGCCCUGGCGCGGUCGUCGAGCUGGUUCCUGGAGACGCUCACCUCGCCCGCCCGCUUGCCCUCGGCUGCGCCGACCUCGACGCCGCCAAGGCGCUUGUUGCUGUCGUCGGCCCGCUGCUCGGCGGCGAUGCCCCGCCUGACGCCGCCCCGACCCGCUCCCGCCUGCGGAGCGACUCGUCCCGCCGCCGCAGCACCCUCGCCUCCGCAUCGAGCCGCAGCCGGCGCAAGGGCACGGCCCGAAGCAGGGCAGGGGGCCGCGGCCGCGGCAAGCGCAAGCGCAAGGGCAGGGCAAGAGGCAAGGGCAGGGGCAAGCGGACUAGGCGCCACAGAGCCGCUGCCGGGUCGGUUGCAUCGUCGUCGUCGUCGUCAUCGUCGUCGGCGUCAUCGGCGUCUGUGUCGGCGUCUGUGUCGGCGUCUGUGUCGGCAUCUGCGCCGGCACCCGAUCAGGCCUCAUCCCCCGCCUCGCCCCCCUCCCUGACCCCGCCCCCCGCCUCCGCCCCGGCAUCGGCUGCGGCACCGCCACUGCUGGAAGAUGGCCUUGACGAUGAUUCCACUGCUGGGAGCAACGGGGCUGUUCCCUUUACCAAGGCUCAGACCACACCAGCACCCACACUCGCACCGGCCUCCCCCACGCUCCCGUCAUCACCUGCUUUGGCCGACCGCAGAAGACACCGGAAACAGCAGCAGCCAGACAUUGCCGACGCCAUCCUCCUGUCGGACGUGCCAGACGUCAACCCCCAGCUCAAGCCCAAGCCCAAGCCCAAGCCCAAGCCCAAGCCCAAGUCCAAGCUCAAGGACGACGCGUUCCGAACCGACCACACUGCAGCGGCCGCACUUCGCGGCGCUGUCGCCGAGCUGCAGGCAGACGAGGUCAACGCGCCGCUGCGUGACGGCAAGUCGCUGCUGGAGCUGGCGGUUGAGGCCGAUCCUCCGCCCCGGGUCAUUGCCCUGCUGCUCGGUGCCGGCGGCGACGCAGCCGUGGGCGGUCUUGCUGCAGUCGCGGCCGGCAACCCGGGCCUUGUCAACGUCUUUGCAGCCACCGAUCCGUUGCUCGGCACCCGCUCACCAGGCCCGGCUCCGCCGCAGACCACCGCCCUCAUCCUCGCUGCCUCCCAGGGCAACCUCGCCGUCACCAUCCUCCUUGUCGAUGCGCUUGUCGGCGCCAUGGAUGCCACUCGCGCUGCGGCCUACCUUGCCGCGCCUCCGCUCCCUGGCACCCGCCCGCUCCUGCACUUUGCGCUCGCCUCGCGCUGCCCGCACCUCGUAACGUGGCUGCUGAGCGAGCCGCUCGGCCUUGCCGCCGCCGAGUCGGAACCACCGCUGGCCCACCUCACCGUUCAGUUUGGCGACCGCGCCAUCGUCGCUGCUGUCGCCGCCGCCGUCGAAGACUCGGUCUUUUGCACCCGCGAUGCCGCCGGUCACACCGUCGUCGACUACGCGCUGCGCAUUCUCCCGCGAGCCGGCGAACCUGCGGUGGACCAGCUCAUUGCGCUCAUCGGUAUUCUUGCCCGCGGCUCUGCUGCCGCCCGCGAGCUGCUCGACGCCGACGAUGCCACUGGUGUCCGCCCACUGGCGCGUGUGCUCGCCCUCUGCACCCGCCUCCCGCGCCUCCGCACCGCGCUUCUUGGCGCGGCCGCCUGUCUGAUCGCUACAGGUGCUGUUGCGCUUCACGAGCCGCUGGAUCCGCGCUCGCGGACGCGAACCCCAAUGUCCGAGGCCAUCCGGUGGGACUCGGUGCCGCUGCUGGCCGCCCUGCUGGCUGCCGGCGCAACGCCGAGUGUCAACGACCUCUGCGCCGCUGCCGCGGACCAUCCUGACGCGUUGGCGUUGCUGCUGCCGCAUGUCUCCCCAGACACCGUCGACAUCGACGAUCCCGACCCGGUCGUCGUCGCUGCUCGCUCCGACUCGGCCGAACCGCUCGUGCUACUGAUCGGCGCCGGCUGGCCGGUUCGGCCGGCCGCCGUCGAGGCUGCUGCCGCUGCCGCCUCUGUCUCUUGCAUGCUUGUCCUUUUGCCUCACGCAGCAUCCGGUAUGACCGCCACGGCCAAGUCGCGCCUCAUCGCCACUGCCCGCAGCGCGGAUGCAGACACUGCUCGCGUCCACGACCUGCUUGUCAUCUUGCGGAGAGCACCACAAGUCGCCGCCGUCCGCGCACCACCUCCAGCCGCCGAACCCGUCCAAAGCAAGCCUCCCGCUGUGGCAGCCGACGAGAGCAUCAACGCCGACACCGACCCAUCGUCUUCCAUUCGCGUGCGUCACCCAGGCAGCAGCACUUCAUCCCGCUCGCCCUCGCCUCGCCACGUCACCCGGGCUAGCGACGACGACGGCGCAGCGUCGGACGACUCAGACGACCCGAUCCUGCGGCUCGUGGAGGAGCGUCGUCGCGCGCGCAACCAGCUUGCCGAGGAGACCGAGCGCGAGCUAGCAGCAGCUGCGGCAAUUGCCGCGGCCGAGCGCGAGCAGGCGCUGGCGGCGGCGGCGGCACAGGCCGAGGCACUGGCAACGCCGACCGGACCGCGCGAGCCGGCCAGGCCACUGACCCUGAGCCCCGAUGCCGACGACUCGUAUCUGACCGGCUCUGGCGACGAGCGGUCAUACGACUCAUACUACGACUUUGACGACGAUAGCGCUGGCGACGAUCCGUUUGUUCCUCUCGGCGCACUGCGGUGACGGCUGUACGCCGGCUACAGCGUUUCGAUGUACUCAGCGACGCCCCCGUCAAACAGCUCCACAGCCCCAUCGCGAACGGUGUAAACGAC